AGUCCACUGGUCUGGUCAAACACGUCUAUUUAUAAGAACCAAAAUUUGAUGUUGACUGCCACCAGUAUCACAAUGAGGGGGCUGAUCGCCUGCUGCCUGGUGGCUCUGGCCGCAUGUCAAAGUGUCCGAUACGACUUGAACCUGAACCCGAAGAAAUCCUACCUGUACAAGUAUGAGGGGUUGGUGAAUUUCGGGCUGGGGAUGCCAAACCUGGCGGAGUCUGGGGUGAGGAUGUCGUGCAACCUGAAGAUUGUCGGCGUGUCCCCACAAACCUUCAUCCUCCAGCUUUCAGAUCUUGCCUUCGAGGAGUUCAAUGGUUUUCCGGGCAAAAACACUUUCAACGCCUCCCCGAAACUCAGCCAGCGUAUUGCCGCCCAGCUUAUCAAGCCCUUCAUGUUUGAUUAUGCCGGUGGACACGUCACCGACAUUCGCGCCCCUGCCGAGGCCUCCGACACUGUUGUCAACAUCGUGAGGGGCAUUCUGGAUUUCUUCCAAGUCACUGUGAAGACCACGCAGAGAGUCUACCAGCUGGAAGAGCUCGGCAUCCACGGCAAGUGUCAGAGCAACUAUGCCACCGAGGAAAACACAGAGACAAAGGACAUGACGAUCACUCAGGUCAUUGAUGUCGACAACUGCGUUGAGAAGGCCGCCAUCUACCGAGGAAUGGCCACAGCUGUGUUGGACAAAGUGGCCAAGCAGAGAGGAGAAUCCAUCAUCUCCACUGUGAGAUAUGUGUACACAGUCAAACCAACAGCGGAGGGAGGCAUCAUUACCAGAGCUUGCGGCCUGGAGCGACAGCACUUCAGCCCCUUCAACGUGAAGGGCGGAAGCUUCAAGAUGCAAGCAACGAAGGAGCUGGUGCUGGUGGGAGAGAGCGACGCCGCGGCGGCGCUCAGCGCGGCCCCGAUGGAAAGUCGAGGAAACAUCGUGUUCAAGUUUGUCGAAGAAGGGGCCGACGUGCCACUCCUGAUGCAGGACUUGCAGAACCCGCUUCAUAAGGCGAUCGAGUUGAUAAAGCAGCUGGCUGAAGCCAAUCGCUACCAUAUUGACAGUGCAAGCACUGAGGACACCAUCAAGGUUUACCAGCUCCUGCGAGUCAUGCCCUACGAGGGACUGGAGGAGAUGUGGAAGCAGUUUGCGUCGGAGCCAGAAUACAGGCGGUGGUUCUUGGACAUGAUUGUUGAGGUCACGGACGCCAGAAUCCUGAGGUUUUUGGCAGCCAGAUUCCAAAUCGGCGAUAUUACCACAAAUGAAGCUUAUCAAACCUAUCUUUUGUCAAUGAACCAUCUGCGGCCAGUUCCCGAACUUGUAGAAAUGGCUAAGAUGUUCCUCAAGAUGCCCUUCAGCAGAUCUGGAGAAUACCUGUGGCACGUGGUCGUGCUCGGCUAUGGCUCCCUCGUGUACAAGCACUGCGCUUAUUACACACCAUGCCCAGUCACUGCCGUCCAGCCGUUGUUGGAGAUGGCCAUGGAGGGUCUGAGGAGCAAAAAUGUGGAUGACAUGGUUCUGGCUCUGAAGGCCCUGGGGAAUGCUGGUCAUCCAAGCAGCAUUAAAACCAUCAUGCGCUUCCUCCCCGGAGUUGCCGCCACUCCUGUUGAUCUCCCACCUCGAGUGCUGAGUGCCGCGGUCCAGUCCAUGAGGCUCAUCGCCGCCAGGGACCCUCACAGUGUCCAGGACAUCACCAUGAGUCUUUUCCUGGAGAAAGGCCUUCCUGUCGAGGUGCGCAUGUUGUCCUUCGUGGUGCUGUUUGAAUCGAAGCCUUCGCUGGCUCUGGUGUCCACAGUGACCUCUCACCUUCUCGAGGAGAAAGACCUGCAUGUCGCUAGUUUUGCUUACUCCUACUUGAGAAGCUUAGCCAGGUCCAGCACUGCUGACAAUCACUUCCUCUCCACCGCGUGUAGCGUCGCUGUGAAAAUGCUGUCCCCCAAAUUUGGCCGCCUCAGCUACCAUUUCAGCAAAGCAAUUCGCAUGGAUUGGUUCGAUGAUGAUUUCCUGAUCGGCACGUCAACGGAAGUCUUCAUGCUAAGAAGUGCCACAAAUAUCUUCCCCUCUGAGUUCCUGAUGAAGGGAAAGUUCUACUUCAUUGGUCGGAUUUUGCAGCUGAUAGAGUUAGGCAUCCGCGCUGAAACGAUUAAGGAGCUCUUUGGCACCCACAUCCCUGGAUUUCGAGGGGAUCUGAGUUUCAGCGACUUCCAGGCUCUGUUUGCUGUGCUUCAGAACUGGAGGACUCUGCCCGACGACAAGCCGCUGCUAACAGCCUUCACUCGAGCCUCUGGACAAGAGUGGUUCUUUGCUGAUCUGCAUAAACAGUUUAUAGCUGAUGUCAUCAACGCUUUCAGUCCUUCUGCCGGGAAAGACAGUCCUUUCUGGGAAGCGUUUGAGAAUUUGCAGACAGGAUUUUCGUGGCAUAAAACCAAACCGUUCCUGGUCUUUGAGGUCCGCUACUUCCAAGCCACGACCCUCGGCCUGCCGCUGGAGAUCAGCAAAUAUUAUGAAGUGUUGAAUGGCAUCACUGUGAAUGCCAAAGGUGCCGUCACUCCUCCGAUGACCUCUCAUCUUGGACAAAUAUUGAAUUCUGAAAUCUCCCUGGAGAGUGAUGGAUUCGUUGGAUUCACCAAGGACUUCUGGGUUUUCUAUGGCAUCAACACCGAGCUUUUCCAGAGUGGCACAGAGUUUAAAAGCAAAAUGCCAGUGGCUGUGCCGUGGAAGUUUGCUGCCAAGAUUAACUUCAGCCAGAAGAAGUUUGAGCUGGACCUGCCUCCCUUUAAAAAUGAGAUUGAAGUCUUCGCUGUCAGGUCAAACGUAUAUGCAGUCUCUCGGAACAUCGAAGACCUAGCAUCGGCUAAAAUGACGCCAAUAAUGCCAGACCUAGUCAAUGAAGUGGUGGACAAGGUUCCUGAGAGUCCUGAGAUGGAGACGCCAAACAAAUGGCACCCGAAAGCUAAAGUCUGUGCUGAGAGUAACAUUUAUGGCGCUGGACUGUGUGUGGAGAGUGAGUUAAGGAGGGAGUAUUAUCAUGAGGAAUAUCCCUUAUACUACUUCUUGGGAUACACCAACAUUGCGGUCAAACUUGUGCCAGUUCCAACUGCCACUGCUGUUGACAAAAUUCACUUUGAGUUUAACGCCGGCGCUGGCAGAAAUCCGAUGGGCACACAAGAAGUCCUCGCCGCUCUGCGGAUGAUUUCAAAGAAAGCCAUGGAGCACCUGGGCUCCGAGUCCACAUCCGGCGAGAUUGGAUCUCACCGUAGCGGCGAGAUUAAAAACUUGCUCUCAACCCCUGAAUCCUUGUUCACAUUCAAAGCCCUGGCUGUCAACAGCAUGCAAAAGCCAGAAGGGUUCGACGCAGCUGUGUACUACACACCCGAGGGGGACGCUCAAAAUGCGCAGCUGAUCGUGUCUGAAGUGGGAGAAGACACCAACUGGAAAAUGUGUAUUGACACCACUGUUGAAGGCAGAGUUGAAGCCAAGGCCCACGUGAGAUGGGGAGCCGAAUGCCAGUCUUAUGAAAUGUCCAUCAGGGCAUCCACUGCUCACCUGCCAGGAUCAAUGCCGACUCUCAAAGCAAAGGUGCACUGGGCCAAAAUCCCAGAAGCCAUGGUUGAGAUCGGGCACAGGGUUGAAACUUACAUCCCAGGAAUGGCGUUUCUGCUCGGUUUCUACCAGCAGAACGAGAGGAACAACAGGCAAGAGAUCGCUGCUACACUGGUCGCUGCUUCUGAAGACAGUGUUGAUGUGAAGCUCCAAUUUCCUGAGUACACCGUCUACCGGCAAGCUAUUCCGGUUCUACUGCCUCCAGUCACCUUUGAGGAGGAUCGAAUCGCGGCCAGGAACACAACCAUCAGGAAUCAUUGAUGUAGAAGGAAGCCUGAUGAGUCAGAACCAAAUUCCAAACAUCAUACCGGACCCAAUAAAAACAAACUGUUUCAUCCAACUGAAGUUGAAGAAAUCAUUAUGGCCUUCAAAACGACCAAACCCCCUUCAUGUUCUUGUAAAGUUGUGUCUGACUAGUGUGUGCUGUUUUUGAUGGAAAAGCA